GGAAUGUUCCUUGUAACUGAAAUAAAUAUUGAAGCACAUUUACUUCCAGCUUGUAGAUCAAAUGGACAUCACGUGCCUGGUAAGGCUCGGUCAGUCCAGCAAAACAAUCACAGUCGGGGGCUCCUACCGGCUUGAAGAUGUCCUAAUCGCAUUGAGGACCUCUCCACACUUCAGCCACCUUGAGCCAGAGAGCUUGCUGAUCCAAGUGUUCGAUGACCGCUUUCAAGAAUAUGUCGACCUGGACGGAAUCACUGUUCUACAACAGUAUUCGAAAAUCAAACUGGAAAUCCAGCUGGAAGCUGGGGCUACCGAAGUAGCUACUGGGCAGUCUGAACUGCUGCUGUUUCAGAGUGCAGAGCGUCCUGCACAGGCGGCAACAAAAGACGUGUCGAGAUAUCGCCUCCCUCGGAUGCCAGACCAUGUGGAGGAUGCCCUCAGCAGAGUGAAAGGGCUUGCAGAUGUGUCGGAAGAUUUGAAGAGGCAGAUUGUCAACCACAUAUACUAUGACCUCUGCAGUUACACACUGUAUCCUGGACCACUCUACGCUGUUGCUGCAGAGCAGCUUGUAGCCAAGUAUCCCAAGCUAAGGGAUGGUUCUUGUUUAAAAUAUGAGGUCUGGCGAGCACACCUGCGCGUGAAGGCAAUGAAUGGGAGGCGCGCAAUGGAAAGCACCGUGCCAGGUGUUGGUGCAGCACGGGCGAAGCACCAGAAGGCGAGUGAAGCUAAGCAGAACAGCGCUGACGCCAGGCCCGCAGUGGCAGUGCAGCACAUCGCCAGACAUCUCAGCGGUGUUACCUACUGGGGUGACGCCGAAGACGAAGAUUCUGUUGCCGGCCAUCUGGCCUUCAUGGCCAAGGAGGUGCGGAAAGCAAACCCGGACUGGCAGAAAAUUGCAUUGUCGAUGGAGAGGACAUUCGACGAACGCAGGCACUGGAUGCAGUCGGUACAGCCACUUGUGGCCGACAUUUUGGCCAAGUAUCCAGCACUUGAAUAUCCCCAAGCUAUUCGUCAGGAGUUCCACCUCCUAACGAAACACCAUCUAGACACUGAGCUGGAGGCAGCCAUAAAAAAAUAUGGCAAGAGGGUUGUGACCUUGGCAGAGAGGAAAUGGCGACUCAAACCCUCAGUCGUUGAACUCCACAAGCGCCUGGAUGUACUGCCGGAAGGGGAGAAGGAUGGCUGCUUUGCCACAGGAGUUGUGUCGCUCCUUCCUCGACUUCUGAAGGAGGAUGCAGGCAGUUACCUGCAAAAACUGGACCCAAGCAAGGUGCACAUGCACCCAACGGUGCUCUUCUCUGGCGACUCAGCCUUCAGUGCCGACAGCUUCUUGGUGACAGUGGAAGAUCUGACCCUGGAUGGACUUGAUGUUUUAGGCUCAGUCUCAUUAAUGAUUUCAUUGUACUGGGCCUUUAAUAUCAAGUAUGCUCCAGGGGCGCAAAAGACUUUCGCUGUCAUCGAGAGGCUGGUUGGCUUGGCCUUCACACAGCUGACGGCCUUGGGCCACACCGUGGUCGCGCAAGUUAUGCUUAAGGAUUAAGCGCAAGUUACGCCUA